UGUCGCUGGGGGUAAAAGCGAGCGUCCGCCGAAAGCGCUCUGUCGGAGACACUCGCGCUGCACCGUACUUUCAUUUUUUCAGGCUGUGUCUGCAGCGCUCCUGUCCGUCAUCCGCGCGUGAGCUCGUCGCGCUUUAAAACGAGGCGAAGCGCGGACUGCGCUGUGCGCGGUAGAGCGGCGGGUGGAGGCGAACGGAGGAAAGGAAGACACGACUGUCAUCAUGUAUGAUGCAUGCGAAGUGGGCACAUCCAUCUGAUCUAGUAUCUCUUACCGAGGGAGCACAAUAAUAAUGACCAAAGCGGGCACCAGUAAGACGCGCUGACGGGAAGCGACGCUACGGCACGGACGGAGUCGGAGAACGCUGCUGGCUGGGUAUGUGGACUGCGCCGCUCUGCCCCGCGUUUCACUCACAUUUUUUCAAAACAGCACCGAAGAAGCUCGUACCUCGUGUAAGUGUCUAUAUCAAGACGUGCGACGUCUCCGUGUUUUUCAUGUAAGAAAAUGAGCCAAAGCCAGAUUGUGAGCGACGGUGGUGGAAAUUACAAAAGGGCGGAGGAUGGUGUCACCGGCGGCGGUGUCGGUUGCAGCGGCGUCGCUGCCGCCUCGAGGCUGCAGUCGAGCAUCCAGCCCGCGUGCGGCCGCGCGAGGGACGCGCGCUCCCAGCAGCACCAGCAGCAGCAGCAGCAGCACCAGCAGCAGCAGCAGCAGCAGCAGCACGGCCACCCUCACGGGGGCUCCGCCGUCCGGCAGCCGCCGCCGCAUUCUGAAGCCGCCGACCUGGUGAAGCGCGCUCUCGACUUCAAGACGCAGGGCACGCAGUGCUACAAGGAUAAGAAAUACAGAGAGGCGAUCGGCAAGUACCACCGGGCGCUGCUCGAGCUGAAGGGCUUGUGCAGGGUGCUGGGAGACCCCGAGGCGAGCUCCACCAAAUCGCCGUCGUCGGCGCUGCCCACGGGGGGCAAGUCCACGCUCACGGACGAGCAGAGAGGGGCUGUGGAGAACGCCGAGCUCGAGUGCUACAACAGUCUGGCAGCCUGCCUGCUGCAGAUGGAGCUGGUGAACUACGAGCGUGUCAAGGAGUACUGUCUGAAGGUGCUCCGCAAGGAAGGGGAGAACUUCAAGGCGCUGUACCGCUCCGGCGUCGCCUACUACCACCUGGGGGACUUCCAGAAGGCCCUGCAUUACCUGAAAGAGUCACACAAGCAGCAGCCGUCUGACACCAACGUAAUCCGCUACAUCCAGCUGACAGAGAUGAAGAUCCGCCGUAGCACCCAGAAAGAGAAAGAGGCUUCAUAAACAGAGCUUGUUGUUUCCAAGGAAACACUGUUACAAAGCUGUGCACUGACACUGUAAUGCCCUCACCAUUUUAUGACUUCCUGAAAUCCACGAUGGCUAUUUUGUAAGCCCCACCACUGCAGACGCUACAAUUUUCGAUUUACAAAACAUAAAUAGUCAUAUGGAUACAGUUUUUCUUUCAGCUGGUUCUGCGCUCUUUUCCAUAACCCUUUAACAAAGGGGUCUCGGAGGGAUCGCCGGUGAUUAUGCGGUCAUCCCAGACAUUACUAGUUCAAGGUGCGAACGGAAGCUAACACUUGUCACAUAUGUGCCUGCAGGCGUGCCGCUAUUUCGUUCAGCACCCUCACAUACAUACAGCAGGAUCGUGCCUCAAGCCAUCGUUGUGUUGCGUAAUCCCUUCAUCGUACUUGUCCCUUUCAGAUAAUACUGCCGUAGGAAUCAGCUGCUCUGCUAAACGGAUAAGCGAGUGUAGUGUCAUAAAGCCAUGAACUUUUCUCUUUGUCAUUUAACGGUGUCGUUUGCACAUAGGUCACGUCUCAGAUAUGCUUGAUCACAGUGGUUUUGUAGUACAGGUACAUUUGCACAGGUGAGUAUGUUAAGCAAAUUUUGUAAUAUGCAUAUAUGAACUGACUGGACAAUCACGUGCAUCACAUAAUUUUGUAAGCAUGAAUUUAGUAUGCUGUGGAAGUCAAUUUAUUGCUCAGAUAUUCUUGAUAUUUUUAUCACCUACAAACAUAUUUUCAUAAGAACGAACCCAGUUUAUGUUCGAUACACAUGUGAUUGCAGGCACCACAAUGGGGUGGGUUUCAGUGUAUAUAAUUAAUUGGUAGUUAAAAUCCUUUUAAGUAAUAUUGUUUUUUUGCAUGAGCGACAGAUUUGCGUCUGCAUCAUCAGAAAAAUUUCAAAAAACACUACAGGUUUUUUCACAUAUAUGGUUGUUCUGCAAGAUUUGCUAUAAACGGUAAUACGGCAUAUGGUUUUGAAUAAUUGUUUUUGUAAUUGUCAUUUGGCAUUCGGAUAGAGAUUGAGUUUAUCUUCCCGCCUCAUUCUAUUCAGCACUGUCAUUUGCACUUAACUGCUGGUGUAAUCGCCUUACAGUUCAUUCACGUACGUUUCGAUUGUUUCAUUGUACUUCAGAUUAUUAUAUGGCACAGUGAAUGGGUUUAUAGAUAUGCUGUCACCGAGCGUUGCAGUGGAAUGGAACGGAAGAGAACGGCUGGGAUCGAAUUUCGCGUAUCGUACAGGAACAGAAAUGUCACCGGUUGCCAGACAUCUGAUUUAAUGUUUUAGUGUAUUAUUGUUAUGUGUACAACAUUUACCUGCAUCCUGCUGAAUCUUUGGUAAGAGCUAAGCUUUCGCUGUAACAAACACGCACAUCUUUCACUGCUCUUCCUGCUAUUAUGGCUGUUGUAACGCAAAAGAAAAUUAAUUGUACAGUAAUGUCACGUUGCAAGGCUCAGUUGCAAAGAUCAGUCUGAGUGAGGAUUUUUACAUUGAUUGUUCCAUUACAUGCCUGUCACCUCUUGCUGUGUAAUACUUUAAC